GAUUAACAUGUAAAGAUAAGAUGUAUAUCUAGAACAAUACAACUAUAAGUGAGCGUGAAUCACAAUAAUGACAAGGAGAAUAUUUCACCUUGUUUUUCUAAUUCCUUUUCUGCAAGGCACUGAAGGCUUUCUUUUCUUCACUAGCGGACCAAGGCUUGAAAAAUACAAUGUAGACAAGUCGGGUAUCUCGGUGUCUGGAAUCUCGUCUGGUGCUGCUAUGGCAACGCAGAUCCACGUGAUUUAUUCAAAGAAUAUCAUGGGUGUUGGAAUGAUAGCUGGCCCACCAUUUGCAUGUUCCGGAGGAAAUGUGGCGCUAUCAGCCACAUGUAUGACCUUACCACAAGCUGUGUCUGCUUCAGCCCUGGAACUGACCACUGAGAGCGGGGCAACAGUUGGUAACAUUGAUGCAACAUCAAAUAUGGCUGACGACAAGGUUUAUAUAUAUGAUGGCAAAUCUGACUCCGUUGUAAACCCUGGGAUUGGACGUGUCAAUCAAGCUUUUUAUGAACACUUUGUCCAUGACAGAAACGAUGUUAAAGUGGUCCUUGAUAUUAAUUCUGAACAUUGCAUGCCGACAAUUAACUACGGUGGCACGUGCGAUCAACCAGCGACUCCAACUUAUUUAUGUAACUGCAACUACUCGGCUGCUUUCGACUUGUUAAAUCAUAUCUAUGGAGGCAAUUUGAAGAUGCCAUCACGUCAGGUGCAAGCAAAUGGACAGUUGCUGAAGUUUAGUCAGAGUGACUUUUUCUAUGUAUCAACACCAGGCAUGUAUAGUAUGGAUACGACUGGGUAUAUUUAUGUUCCUUCUGGUUGUCAGGAUAAAUCAACAAAAUGCAGACUUCACGUGGCUUUCCAUGGCUGUGCAAUGGGACAAAGUAAGAUUGGGGAGGCGUAUGUACGUCACGGAGGUUACAACGAGGUUGGGGAGCUAAAUAACAUCAUCAUACUUUAUCCUCAAGCAAAAGCCUCUACCGUACCAUUCAAUGUUGCCGGUUGUUGGGACUGGUGGGGAUACACUGGAGCAUUAUUCGCAACAAACAGUGGAUUUCAACCAACAGCCAUCAAACGUAUGAUCGACAGAGUUGCUGGUUUGUGAAUACACGAUAUAUACAUGUUUAAUUCUGGAAUGGUUGAUGUGAAAUAAAAAAUACAACACUUUUGAGUAAAGUGAUUAUUUAUA